AUUGCACCACCAUCACCACCCUCGCUUUGCCAAGCACAACUACAGAGAGGCACUCACCAAGUCCGUCCUUUUCUUUGAGGGGCAGAGGUCCGGGAAGCUCCCUUCUAACCAGAGGAUCACAUGGAGGAAAGAUUCUGGUCUCUCAGAUGGUGCAGCCAUAGGUGUUGAUUUGGUUGGUGGUUACUACGAUGCAGGCGACAAUGUGAAGUUUGGGUUACCCAUGGCCUUCACCACCACCAUGCUUUCAUGGAGUGUUAUUGAGUAUGGUGGGUUGAUGAAAGGAGAGCUUUCAAAUGCCAAAGAAGCUAUUCGUUGGGCUACUGAUUAUCUCCUCAAAGCUACUGCACAUCCAGACACCAUCUAUGUUCAGGUUGGGGAUGCAAACAAGGACCAUGCUUGUUGGGAGAGGCCAGAGGACAUGGACACUCCAAGGAGUGUUUUCAAGGUAGACAAGGACUCCCCUGGUUCUGAUGUUGCUGCCGAAACUGCUGCUGCUCUUGCAGCUGCUUCAUUGGUCUUCAGAAGAAGUGACCCCAUUUACUCCAAGCUCUUGGUCAGGAGGGCCAUCAGGGUGUUUCAAUUUGCUGAUAAGUACAGAGGAGCCUACAGUAAAGUGUUGAAGAGAAAUGUGUGCCCCUUCUAUUGCUCUUAUUCUGGUUAUCAAGAUGAGCUCCUGUGGGGUGCUGCUUGGCUGCAUAAAGCCACCAGAAACCCAACUUACCUUAACUACAUUCAAGUCAAUGGGCAAACCCUUGGAGCUGCAGAGUUUGAUAAUACCUUUGGAUGGGAUAACAAACAUGUUGGGGCAAGAAUCCUCCUCUCCAAGGCUUUUCUUGUGCAGAGAGUUAAAUCCCUCCAUGAUUACAAGGGUCAUGCAGAUAAUUUUAUCUGCUCUUUAAUUCCUGGGGCCCCAUUCUCUUCUGCUCAAUACACACCAGGUGGGCUCCUGUUCAAGAUGAGUGAUAGCAACAUGCAGUAUGUGACUUCCACAUCCUUCCUUCUCUUAACCUAUGCCAAGUACUUAACCACCGCCCACCAGAUUGUCAACUGCGGUGGCACCACCAUCACCCCCAAGAGGCUCAGAACCAUUGCCAAGAAACAGGUGGACUAUCUUCUGGGAGACAACCCCUUGAAGAUGUCCUACAUGGUCGGGUAUGGUCCCCGGUACCCAAAAAGAGUCCACCACAGGGGUUCAUCUUUACCGUCCGUUGCCAAGCACCCAGCCAAGAUCCAAUGUUCCUCAGGCUUUGAUUUUAUGAACUCUCAAUCCCCCAACCCCAACAUUUUAGUGGGUGCAGUCGUGGGUGGGCCAGACCAACAUGACCAGUUCCCCGAUGAACGCACCGAUUAUGAGCAGUCAGAGCCGGCAACAUACAUCAACGCACCCCUUGUUGGAGCCCUGGCUUACCUCGCUCACUCCUUCGGCCAGCUCUAAGCCCAAGAGACACUAUGCAAUAGCAGUACUUCUACAAGUUUAGCUUAGGUGCCUUUUUCGUUUUACUUGUCUUUGAAAAUGGAAAAAGCUUAAAGCUCUAGUAUAGUAGUCUUCUCUUGGAAGUGUUCCAGGGCAAUAGGAUCGACUAUCGAGACCCAAGGGCUCGAGCUCCAAACCUUGAAGCACGGUGGUUAAAAGGAUAUUAUUAUAAUAUUGCCAUAUACAGUAGUGUUGCUAUUUGUUGUUGUUAUCAACUUGAAGCCAUAGUGGUGUGUGAAAGGAACUGCAAUCCGGCGUUUUGCUAGUACUAGAAAGACUUCUUUUCUGGGUUUCUAUAGUAUAGGCAGUUGGGAUUACCUUUUCUUGUCUGUUUUGGAACUUGUAAUAUGUAUCCUAGUAUUUAACUUGCAAGAAACAGUUGUUACAAAU